AUUCAAGUUCAAACCACCAGCCUUUGAAGGAAUCCACCCAUGCGCCUCUGAUCCUUAGCCCUCUACUUAAUUUCAGCCAGCUCCUUCACAUAUUGAACAGCAUGCUCUCCACUCCACUCUUCUUCAUAAAAACCCCAACAAUAUCUCGCCCUUUGUUCCGUUGAUCAGUUUUCAUUGUUCCAUUCGUUCCUUCACAUAUUGAAUAGCAUGCUCUCCACUCCACUUUCUUCGUAAAAACCCCAACAAUAUCUCGCCCUUUGUUCCAUUGAUUAGUUUUUGUCAAACUAAAAAAAAAAAUCGACAUAAUUUGCCAUGCCGUGCAACAAAAAUGUUGAGAAUUUGAAGAAAGAAGUUGAUAAGCUCAAGAUUAAACAAGAUACUGUGAAGCGCCAUAUUGAAGAACUCAGCAGACAAGGAGAAGAAAUCGGACCGAAGCUCCAGAAUUGGCUGAAUAGGGCUGAGGACUUCAUCGAAGUGGGGGACAAAUUACUUGAGUUUGGUGAACAAAAUGCCAACAACGAGUGUUUCUGUAGGCUGUGUCCCAAUCCCUUGUCUCGAUACAAACUCAGCAAGAAAGCACAACUGAAUUCCAAAUAUAUUGAUGAACUUGUGAAAGAAGCUGGUAGAUUCAACCUCCCAAAUUGCUAUGCUCUUCCUUAUGUGGCUACAACUGUGGAAGGUUUUGAGGAGUUCCCCUCACGAAUGGCCGUUUUGGACCAGAUCAUGGAGGCAUUAAAAAGUCCAAUUGUCAACAUGAUCGGAGUGCAUGGGACUUCUGGUGUGGGGAAAACAAUGCUGGUCAAAGAGGACGUGGAGUUUUUAAAUAGAAUCGGAUUCCUCCUUGUGGUGCAAGCACUGUCAGGAAGGCGAAAUGAGGUAGAUGGGGUAUUAGAGGACUAUAACCAGCUAGCUUGGACGAUGGAGGUCUCCUUCAUGCGCUGUAAAAGGAGAGGGAACCACACGGUAAGAGCCUGGCGAGAUAGUCAGAGAAUGUGAAUGAGGAGCAAACUCGGUUUAAUGAAGUUCCCUCCUGCGCGUUUAAAAGGAUGUUAAGGGAUAAGCCUUAUUCUAUAAUCUGAUGUAUUCUGAGUUUUCUAUUAUUAAUAAGAGUAUACCGUUUUC